AUGGACUCUUUUUCAGAACCAUACACCCGCCAAGGCGACGACAUCUCUCUUGACCAGGUCCGAGCCAACAUUCAUACACUAGAACAACAGCACAAGAACAAUGGCAUACCCUUGUCGGGGAGGAUCAUCCAUGUCUGCCAUUACCUACCCAUCAUCGCGACACUCAACUCCCGUCCUACGAGCAGUAUACUCAGCCCACCCCCAACUCCCCCUACUAAACCCCUGGACGCAGCCAGCGAACCAGUAGAACAAGCAGCUAGCUCGCCAUGGUCAUUGGCCGCGCGAUAUGGUCACGCAGCUAUGAUCUCCGGCAUCCGCUCCCUCUCUCCUUCACAUGAACAGAUUGUCAUAGGGUGGACCGGGGACGUUCUCGCUCCCCCUCCAAGCAGCAGCGCCAGUGCCAGUGCCAGUGCCAGCGGUACGAUCACGGCGGGUGCGGACAAGGUGCCUGCAGAUGCUAUUUCCCAAGCGGAUAAAGCUGCUUUCCAGGAUGCUUUGGAUGCGUAUAAGAUUGAUCCUGAGGAUGAUCGUGGUGAGAAGAGGGCAAAGUACGUUCCGGUGUGGUUGGAUGAUAAGGUUGCGCAUGGGCAUUAUGAUGGGUAUUGCAAGCAGACCCUGUGGCCGCUGUUCCACUACCUACUCUGGCAAGACGUCGCUACGGAAUACGCUUCCGCAGACUCUCAUUACCCGUACUACGAAUCUGCAAACGCGGCUUUUGCACGCCGUAUUGCGGAGGUGUAUCAGCCUGGCGAUAUUGUUUGGGUGCAUGAUUAUCAUCUUCUUUUGUUGCCUAGGCUAGUCCGAGAAUCAAUCCCGGAAGUCGUCCUCGGCCUGUUCGUACACACACCCUUCCCGAGCAGCGAAGUUUUCAGGUGUUUACCACGUACAUUUCUGUUAAAUCCCUUCUGGUGCUCGAUAACCCUAACUCGAUUGCAUAUAGGCCGCAAGGAGAUUUUAGAUGGCAUGCUUGGUGCUAAUCUCGUUUGUUUCCAGACAUACUCCUACUCCCGACACUUCAUCUCAACAUGUAUCCGGGUAUGCGGCUACGAAGCCUCCCCCCGCGGGAUUGACGUAGAAGGACACGUUACGGCUGUUAGCCACUGUCCCGUUGGUGUGGACGCUGAGAGGGUUGCUAAGGAUAUAUUGAGGCCGGGGAUUCAACCUAAACUUGAGGCGCUUAGGAAUUUGUAUGAAGGGAAGAAGAUUAUUGUGGGGAGGGAUAAGUUGGAUGUUGUUAAGGGUGUUAUUCAAAAGCUAAGAGCGUUCGAGAAACUGUUACAAGACUUUCCUGAAUGGAUCGGCAACGUCGUUAUGAUCCAAGUGACUAGUCCUGCGCUGACGGAUUCACCAAAGCUGGAGAGGAUGGUGAGUGAGAUUGUUGCGCAUAUUAAUGGGGAGUAUGGGAGUUUGGAUUUUAUUCCUGUGCAUCACUACCACCAAACCCUAAAGAAAGACGAAUUCUACGCCCUCUUGAGCGUCGCCGAUCUAGCCGUCAUCACGCCCCUCCGAGACGGGAUGAACACCACCAGCAUGGAGUUUGUCAUCGCGCAAGAAAAGACGGGCAAGAACCCGAGUGUGCUUUCCGAGUUUAUGGGGAUUAGUAAGAAUAUGGAGGAGGCUCUGUUGGUUAACCCUUGGAAUUUGGGGGACGUUGCUGCUGCGAUCAACCGAGGUCUCCUGAUGUCCGCCGAGGAAAAAGCCACUCGGCACGAGAAGCUCUACAAAACCGUCACGACGCACACGUCCCAUACGUGGGCUGCGGUUCUUGUGAAGAUGUUGCUUGAGCAGAUGGGGUUGCAGGGUAUGGCGAGGCAGACGCCUUAUAUCCCCCGGAAGAACUUGGAGUGGUUGUAUCACCAAGCUGGGAAACGGUUGUUCUUGUUCGACUAUGAUGGAACCCUGGCACCCAUCGUGAAAACGCCAUCCAUGGCCGUUCCGACGGAAGCGACGCUCGAAGCGCUCGAAAAGCUCUCUGCGGACCCGAAGAAUAUCGUGUACAUCAUCUCUGGGCGGGAUGGCGCCUUUUUGGAACAGCAUCUUGGGCAUUUGAGGAAUGUUGGGUUUUCGGCUGAGCAUGGUGGGUUUGUGAGGGAACGUGGGUCCAAGGAGUGGGUUAAUUUUACGAAGAGUUUGGAUAUGAGUUGGAUGGCGGAGGUUGAGGAGAUAUUUAAGUAUUAUACUGAGAGGACGACGGGGAGUCAUAUUGAGGUGAAGAAGAGCUCGAUUACGUGGCAUUAUCGGGGGAGUGAUCCUGAGUGGGGACAAUUCCAGUGUCGUCAGUGCCAGGAUUUGUUGGAGAAUAAUUUGGCGCAUAAGAGGCCUAUUGAAGUUCUUGUUGGGAAGAAGAACCUGGAAGUUAGGCCAACGGCUGUUAACAAGGGCGAGAUCGUCAAGCGGAUAUUGUACCAGAACCCUGACGCCGAGUUCAUCUUCUGUGCUGGUGACGACAAGACCGACGAAGACAUGUUCCGCGCGCUCCUCCUCUUCCCACCGGGAACAACGCAAGUAACAAUGGAAGCCCCCCUCUCCGUGACCCUCAUCGACGGCAACGGUGCACCCCCCGUUCAACUGUCCAUCAAAUCCGAGGCUGUGUUCACCACUGCUGUCGGGCACAGCAGUAAGCGGACGCUUGCGAGUUGGCAUGUGACGACGCCUCAGGAGAUUGUGGAUCAUAUGCUUGAUUUGGUGAGGAAUGAAGGGGAUGGGAACUCGGAGACGUCGAAGGUUGUUGAUGAUGAUGAUGAUAAGGGGAAGGAGGAGAAGGUGGUGGUGAGUAUUUGA